AGGAGGGUGUACGCUAUGGGUGGAGGUCAUUCAGGGUCUGUGAGGAAGUUUGUGUCAGAUUCUCUUUGGCUUCAGUCUGAACAACAACAACAGAGAGAGAUGCUGAUCCAGUCUCUGCUGCUGUCGAUUUCCCUCGGCUGCUACUGCAAUGCUUACGGUGAUCCAGGUCCAACAUCAAUCCAUCUGAACUCUACUUUCCAGCCAAACCAAACUGAGCUGGUUCUGGCAGCCGGCUUGGAAUUUUCCCUCAGUUGCUAUGGUAACAGUUCUGUCCGCUGGUUGAGCACAGCCUUUGCUGUCUCCACGUAUAAACAGCAGAACCUGAUCAAAAUCAGGAAGUCGGAGCCCAGACACACUGGGACAUACAACUGUAGCUACACCAAUAAAAGUCUGGGAUCCCUUCACACAUGGAUCCAUAUCUAUGUCAAAGACCCACUCCACCCCCUCAGUGUGUUUGUCACUCCUCGCAAGCCCCUUCAAAUAAAAGAAGGGGGGGACCUUCUGUUUCAGUGUUUGCUCACUGACCCAUCUGUGAAGAACCUCACCUUGGAGCCAGCGUACAACACAGGGUUCCUGGGUCAGACCCUGCCCCCUGGCAUGAGUGUGACCUUUGACCCCCGAAAAGGAGCCCUGAUCCAAAACCUGCAGAUGUCAUUUAGUGGAAAGUACAGCUGCUCCGGGUGGAAGGAAGGGAGACAGUUGAAAUCCUCAUCGGUGAACCUGAUAGUGCUUCCCAGACUGCGUCACCCUCCUUCGCUGUCUGUUAGUCAGGACAAAGUUAUCCAUCUGGAAGGAGAACGGUUUGAGGUGACAUGUCUGAGCAGUAACCCCUCCCACUUCUACAAUCUGUCCUGGACACACACCACCAUAAAGAGCCUGAAUUUUACAAUUGGAAAUCGCUAUGACAACAACCGUCUGUACCGCAACAACACUUUGAGCGUUUCUGCUGUCAGCAAGAAUCACAGCGGCACUUACACCUGUACAGCUGUGAAUGAGGCUGGAGUUGCCACAGCAACUACGCAGCUGACAGUUCUGGAUGCUCCCUACUUGAGGGUCUCUAGGGUUUCUAACAUUAGCUCCAGUAAAACUGAUGUGAACCACUCUAGCAUCACACAGGAAGUAUACGAAGGCUGUGAUGUGAUGCUGACAUUUGUGAUUGAUGCGUAUCCUCCAGUCAGCAGCCACAGCUGGAUAACACCAGCACAUGUCAGUAACUACAGCCAUGCAGCGCACCAGGAGAGCUACACCACUAACGGCUACAGGUCAAAGGCCAGUCUGCUGCUGUGGCGUGUUCGUCCAGAGGAUCGAGGGCGAUACUCCUUUAACUUCUCAAACAGGUUCCUCAGUAGUUCCCAAAACAUCGACCUCCGAAUCUACCGUUCUCCAAGUGUUGUCAUCACUCAGAAGCACAACACUGUGACCUGCAGCACCUCUGGAUACCCACUCCCCACAAUCCUCUUCUACAUCUGUCGUGGCAUUCAAGAAAAGUACGCAUCAACCAUCUGUGGUAACACAUCUGUCUGCUGGUGUGCAAAUGUCUCCACCUAUGAGGCGUCAUCAGCAUCAGAGGAGGAGGAGGCGAGGACAUACCAACUUCCUUCUCACGAUGAUGUCACCGUUAAGUGUGUGGCGUCUAACGCCAUCGGGGAGGCGCGGGACAUCCUUCAGCUUGGUUCUUCUCCAGUGUUCUUCACUCCGGCUCUGGUCGGUGCUCUGAGUGCUGCUGCUGUCCUCCUCCUGCUGCUGUUGCUCGUCCUUUACAAGUGGAGACAGAAACCCAAAUAUGAAAUUCGUUGGAAGAUCAUCGAGAGCAUCAACGGUAACAACUACACCUUUGUUGACCCCACCCAACUGCCAUACAACCACAAGUGGGAAUUUCCAAGAGACAAACUACGUCUCGGUGCUGUCUUAGGGUCAGGGGCCUUUGGAAAGGUUGUCGAGGCAACAGCAUAUGGUCUGGGAACUAAUGGGGACAUCACCACAGUUGCAGUGAAGAUGUUGAAACCGAGAGCUCACCUGGAGGAACGUGAUGCUCUGAUGUCAGAGCUAAAGAUCCUCAGCCACCUUGGGUAUCAUGACAACAUCGUAAACCUGCUGGGGGCCUGCACUCAAGGAGGCCCAAUGUUGAUGAUCACAGAGUACUGUAGCCAUGGCGACCUGCUCAACUUCCUGCGAUGUCAUGCUCAGGACUUCAUGGUAUCUGUUCUGGGUGUGAAUGAAGCAGAAGAGGAGAUGUUCUAUAAGAAUUUACCUGGCCAUGACAGGAGGAUGAGGAGUGAUAGCGGCAUCUCGUGCUGUUCAGAAUACCAGGACAUGCAGCCAGUCCAAAGUCCACAACAAACACAGAGAGGUUUGCAGAAAGCAAGUCUGUCUCUCUGUAACCUUGUGAGGUUUUCCUAUGAUGUGGCCCAAGGUCUGGACUUUCUGUCCAGCAAGAAUUGUAUUCACAGAGACGUGGCAGCGAGGAACGUUCUGCUGACCGACCGUCGCGUUGCAAAGAUCUGUGACUUUGGUUUGGCUCGAGAUAUUCGUAAUGACGACAGCUACAUCGUGCAGGGAAACUCCCGUCUGCCAGUCAAAUGGAUGGCUCCGGAGAGCAUCUUCCAGUGUGUUUACACCUUGCAGAGCGACGUCUGGUCAUAUGGAGUAUUAUUGUGGGAGAUCUUUUCUCUGGGUAAAAGUCCAUAUCCAAACGUUGCAGUGGAUACCAAGUUCUAUACCAUGAUCAUGGAAGGCCGCCACAUGUGCCAGCCAGACUUUGCUCCAGCACAGAUGUAUCAGCUGAUGACUCUGUGUUGGAGUCUGGAGCCCACUGACAGACCAAACUUUAAGAUGAUUGGCCAGCUCAUCAACAGGCUCCUCCACUCUACCGAUGACACACUGCAAUGUCACAGCUGCCAUAUGUCGUACCAAAAUGUUGUGGAAGGCAGGGAAGAGGAGGAGGCAGAGGAAGAAGAAAUGCUUAAGCAAGGACAAGAAGAGCACCAUCAUGAUGAUAAAGAGAAGGAACCAAUGAUGAAGAAUAUCUAUAAGCUGUCCUGAUCAUCCAAUAAAAGCUUACUUCAGUUUAGGUUAAUUCUCAGCUUGAUGUUGAGCUCCAGGUGGUUUUCACUUUUACGUGUUGCUCACGGCAAGCACCACAAACUCGUCUGAUCCUCAAGUUCUCAGUUCUAUGUCAUGUUCAGUCUUUUUGUUGUUCUGUCAGCGAAUGUUUUGUUGUCGGCAGAUGUGCAAUAGAGGAUUUAUCAUUUGUUCUUUGUAUGUUGUUCUGUCUCUGGAACCAAUGCGACAUUUAUUCUGUCAACACACAUAAUAUAAAAAGUGAAACGAAAAUUUCUCCAUCACGGUUUUGUCCAUUUAAUGAAUCUGUAAAGGUCCAAAGCAAACAGUAGAACUAUCACCACCACAUUGUAGAAGUACCACUUAAAGUAUACAGCCAGAAGUGAAGGCUAUUGUCACAUGUCUGAUAAAUCUGAUAAAAAUAGAUUAUAAUUAGUUAUAUAUUCAUGUGUUGAUCAUGUGAUGAACAAAAUAAGUAGAUGAAGUGAAAUAACAGACUAAGUGAGCAUGUGAAAUAUUCACACAGUUGUUGACCAGACGUCUCAUGGAAACAGAGACCAAAAUAUAACAAUAUAUUUUUAUAUUUUAAAUGUAUUUUAUAAGAAAAAAAGAACAGGUAGCAAUCAACAAAUAUUAAAACGCAAACUCUGCAUUUUACAUAUUCUAUUAUCAAAUGUUUAUUCAUGUUCCUAUUAAUUUAAAAUUCUUCUCUGAAGGAUUUCAAAUUCAAAUCAAAAUAUAUGCUUAUUGUUUUUUAAUAUACAACAGAUGAUUUACUUUUCUCUGUAAAUCAGUUUGUUUGAUUUUUGCUUUUCUAGACUGGAAUAAUUAAACAGGGUUAAUGUUGGGUGUAAACAAAUUUUUUUGCAUUUGGAGCUUUCAGCAGCUUUGUGCUUUUAUUGCCUCACUGUUCAGUGACUGAUGUAGUUUCACAUUUUGUAUUUUUAUAUCAAUAAAUCUAGCCUGAGAAUUUGA